CACGUUACCAAACGCAGACCGCAGAUCCAGUUCCGGUUCUGCUACUUUCUGCUUUUGGCACUUUGCUGUCACGCCGUGGAGGGGACCCAACGCUCUCAACAAGUCCCGUCAGUAGCAAGUUAAAGACUCCGGCUGUUAACAACACCAACACCAACCCCAAGUCUCCAACUUCAUGCCCGCCUCAGUAGCUUCCAGCGAUGGCCGUGGUCCUGCCAACCCAACCUCGUCCCUGACAGGGGCAUCUGCGAAUCCCGCUACUUCCGGUCUUGCUGCUGCUCUCAAGGGCGCAACCUUGGCUUUUCAACAACAGCAGAAGACGGCGGCUAAAGGCAGCGAUACCGCCGUUCCACGGGGUCUUGGGGGUUCACGGGUACCGACUCCAGGGACGUCCGUCCCGGCAUCAACCUCUAGGACAGUUGGUGGCAGCAAUGGGGCACUCCUGGCGGCCACCCUCGCUGCUAGAGAACACUCCCCUCCAACCACCUCGAAGAACGAAGGAUCGCGGGUGGUCACCUCAACGUCAUCCUCAAGUGUUGGAUCAGCGGGCAGGACGAACAGGCAGGAACCGCAUGGCCAGGCCACUGGCGGGAGCUCGCAACAUCAACAACAUGUCGAAGCUCGGGCAAACGAUCAUGCGCCAAGCAAACGCCCAAAGAUGCACUCGAGGAGGCCAUCCCUAGCUUCUCUGUCUAGCCAAGCAGCCAACAACUCCCAUUCUCAUCCUCCUACUCCAACAACCUCAAAACCUGGUUCUGAACCCAAGUCGGCUUCCUGGAUCGCUGCAACGCUGGCCGCCAGUAGGUCCGGUACGCCAUCACCAAGCCCGUCGGUGAGCUCGACGACUCAGCAAAUGCAUCCGGCCCUUUCUCAGCAACAUGUCCGAUCAGGCCGCACACGCAGUUCAAGUGUAGCGACCUUUGACACACCUACUCCUCCGGCUCUUGAUUCUCAGCACCUGGAUACAGCAUCGAUUCCACCCACAACAUCUUUGGUCGCUAUGUUCGACGGUAAACAGGAAGAAGCGGAACCUGCCAAGAAGAAGAAGAAGCCUCGUCCGGCAUCACAAGCGGAAUAUCACCAAACACUAACGUCACCGUCUCCUACACCAUCGGAAGGGCUCAGCAUGGAAAAGCAGCGGGGAACUGGUGGAGAGCCCGCUGUUGCGUCUGGGAAGACGAAGCUUGCCCCAAAACCGAAACCUAAGCCAAGAAGGGAUAUUUCACUCAGCACCGUGGAAUCGAUAGCAAGUUCGACUGGGACCAUGGGACGGGAGGGAGAGUCUAGUAGUCAGGAACAAGUUGAGACACGGAACCAUAAUGGAGAUGUCCGUGGCAAAGCUAGCAUAGAGGGAGCUCAAGACACGGAAACGGGAGCGAAGGAUAUAGUAUCCGAGAGAACGAGUGGGCGAAAGAGUCAACAGAAGGCUCCUGCAACGCCCCGAACCGUGCAGUCGAAGCAAGGGGUAGACGUUCCUAUGGGCAAACGACCAUUAACGCCGCCUGUUCCCCAACACGCUCAUAUAUCCGAGACAAAAAUUGUCUCCCCACAGCCUAGAAGAGUCGUUUCGACACCACGCCUUGAAUCUUCUCCGGCUCUACCAAAAACUACCAAGCCCAUUACCAGCUCGAGACCUGACAACAAGCCAACCAUCAGGAAAAGUUCUCGGGUUGUCUCAUCGAGCAUGGACCAGUCUCAGACAGCCCGACAAAGCGCUGAGACCAGUCUCGGGGAGCGCCGUUUGUCUCAAAACUCUACUUCGUCCGACGAAACCUUUGUCUCAGCCUCCUCUAGCCCAUCUCCACGACCUCAGUCGCCGGCCAAGGAACCGGAGAGAGUUCGCCCUCGACUGGACAGGGCCAAUACCGGCAACUCAUCCAGGGCGUCCCGGGUGAGUACCCCGGCGUCUGUGCGGUCUCCGGUAUCACAAACUCGACCAUCACCCGUUUUGCGUCCGGGGACCGGAUUACACAGUUACAGCACUGGGGCCAGCCCAACUCCCGAAAUGAGCCUUGACUCCCUUACGAAUGCCAUGAUAGCAAGCAACCUCGCGUCAUCACGUCUCGCAGCACUCACCCAGACAUCCCUGGAAUCAACCGGUCUUCCACCCGUUCCUCCUCCCCGCCGUGGCCAUCGUCAUCACCACCUUUCUCACCCUCACCUCCGUCACCACACACAGAGCCCUCCCCACGCCAGCCCUUUGGUACCACAGCGCACGGCCGACAGCCUACCACUCCGAACAGGACCCAGCCGCCAGACGGAACAUAGCCAGCCAACCAGCCUCCUCAAGACGCUCCGCGCGCCUCGCUCUCUCUCGGACGACGAAGACUUGCGCCUUCAAACGCACCGCCACCGCAAAAAGCACCUGGUCGGCAAAAAACAUGCGCACAACGAGGGAGCACGUCGGCGCUGGCGCGACGAGAUAACGAUCCGCCAGCGACGGCGGUACGAAGCCGUCUGGGCCAGCAACCGGGGUCUCUUCCUGCGACCGGGCUUCGCGUUCGAGCACCCAGAGAACUGGCAGCCGCUCCCGCCGCCGGACGACUCGCUGAGGCAGGUCGACCUAUCGCGGGCGUGGGAAGGCCCGGAGGCGGAUCUGGUGGUGAGCGUCGUGGUACGGGAUAUCUGGAGUCGGAGCCGUCUGCCGGUGGACGAGCUGGCGGAGGUCUGGGAGCUGGUGGACCGGCGCAAGUGCGGGGCGCUGGAUAAGCAGGAGUUUGUGGUGGGCAUGUGGUUGAUUGAUCAGAGGUUAAGGGGACGAAAGAUACCGACGGUGGUCGGGGAGGGCGUGUGGGAGAGCGCGAGGGAUCGGGUCAUGAGUGUUAAUGUGAAGGCGCCCAAGGCGCAUCAUAAGGGGAGGACGAAGGGGCAUUUGAAGGGGGCGUUUUAGGAAGACUCCUUCGGCCUGGACGUAGCGUGGUAGAAAGCGAUGGGUGUCGACGUUGGGUUAUAGAAUAGAUUAUCUAAUACAUAUUUAUUAUAUAUUAUAUCC